AUGGCAAGUCUCACAACACUACUGGUCCUCGCGUUGACAGCUCCUUCCUUGGCGAAGGCACCGUACUGUCUUCCUGGCGAUGCCUGCUUUCCGUCUACCGACGAGCUCUCGCGGUUUAAUAGCUCCGUGGAUGGGAAAUUGCUAGCCCCCCCUCCUUACGGCCGAGUGUGCUAUGCCGGUCAUUUUGAUGCGCCGGCGUGUGCGGAACUCGUGGCCAAUAAGAGAAACGGCACCUAUCGUGAGGCUAUCCCGGCUGCGAUGAUGUAUACCAACACUGAGUUCACGUCUAAUGGCACCGGCUGUCCGGUCCCUACGGCCGCGCCGGGGACAGGAAUAGACGGGUCGUGCGAAUUAGGCGCCUUGGGCUCCUAUUUCGUGCAAGCGACGAGUGCAGAGGACGUCAGCCAGGCUGUGAAGUUUGCAGCCAAACACAAUUUGCGGCUCCGAGUGAAGAAUACUGGCCAUGACUACACGGGACGCAGCACCGAUGCUGGUUCCUUUGUCAUCCUCACUCAUGCAUUUCAAGAGGUUGAGCUCAAGCCGAGCUUUGUUCCUCUAGGAUGCAGCUCCUCAGCGUCGCAGAAUGCCCUUCGCCUAGGUGCCGGCGUUGUGGCUCAAGACCUUUAUGCCGAAGCGGCCAAGCUGGGCGUUGUCACCACCGGCGGAUUCUGUCCCACCGUAGGCAUUGCUGGAGGGUUUGCCCUAGGCGGAGGCGCUGCGGGGCCCUUUCAGCCCGUUAUUGGCAUGGGCGCCGAUAAUGUGGUUCAAUAUGACAUAGUGACCGUCGACGGUACCAUUACUGUCGCCAAUGAGUGCGAGAAUAAGGAUCUUUUCUGGGCAAUGCGUGGUGGUGGCGGCGUCUUUGCCGUCAGCACGGCAACCUACGUGAAGGCGCAUCCAGCCUUUGAGGCCGUCAACGUCGUCGUGGGGCAGGUCUCAGCCGCCGACAAGAAGUCAUACCAAAACAUGAUCUCCGAGUUUGUGCAGCGCGACCCGGAGUAUGCCUCGGGCUUCAGUUCGGGCCUUUGGGAGACAACCUAUCCGAACCUUACUAUUGCCUUCCAAAAGGGCUUCCAAUCGAACGAAACCGUCGUUUCUGCCGAGAGAUCGCUAAGCGCAUUUGACUUCCUCAACUCUAUUGACGGGGUGACGGUAAAUUUGCAAGGGUUGCAGUUUGAGACCUGGAACGAGGCGUUCGAAAAUGUAGUCGGUCCCAUCAUGGAGGAGGGCAGUGCAGUUGGUGUCAAUAUCAUGGACAUCAGUCGCGUGGUGCCGAACGAUCUGUGGCGUUCGAAGGAAGGCCGACAGUCUAUUGCGGACUUCGUGACGGGCCUACCCCAAACCCAACCCUUCAUAUUCCAAAGAGUGGGUGGUGGUGCGGUGAACGAGCCAGCAGCCGACGCGACCUCCGUCAACCCGGCCUUCCGCAGCUCGGCGGCGUAUGUAGACAUCCCCGUCUUCGCCUCAUCCACCAGCGGAACGACCUCCGUGCAGCAAUCCACCGCGCAAUCUCUCAUGUCCCAAGCGGACCAAAUCUUCGGUCGCGAUGCUUAUUACAACGAGGGCAACCGGCUGGAAUCCGACUACCAGGCGCGGUUUUGGGGCAGCAAUUACAAGACCCUCCUGUCGCUCAAGAGAAAGGUUGAUCCGGACUGCGUUCUCACGGGCGCAUUAACGUCCUGUGCCUCCACCUUGGCCAAGCACCCUGAUCGUUUUAAGGUUUCCCUGUUUGACAUUGCGGACUAUACCGGUGGCCAGGCGACCUCAAUUCCCUUGGACAGUUCUCGCUAUGGCGCCGAGUGGCUGAACGACGGGGUGCAGGGCGGCUCGCCCAUUUUUCGACAUACCUUCAAUUUCUUUCGUCGAUACGGCUACGAGCCCCAGCCUGUCAAGCUGCAAGUCUCAUUCGGCAAAGGCACGGACAGCUUUUGGACCAACGUCUUUCCCAGUCCACUAGUGGAUCGCUACUCCGACGAGAUCCGGAAGCUGGGCCGCGCGCUGAAAUGGAUCAAACGUUUGAUGCCCGUUCUCGGCGUCACGCCUGUCAAAGUGAUGCUGCGACUGUUCCGGUUCAGCCGCGAUUUCUCUAAUAAGAUGGUGUUGCCGCUAAUGGCCCUGUUCCUGGGGACGGGCAAUCAGACGCCCAAUGUAUCGAGCGUGCUGUUGGAACGAUUGUUUGACGACCCGCAGAUGCGACUCUGGGAUUAUGAUCCAGACACGCUGCUGCCCAACCAACCCGGAAUGUCUACCUUCCCCAAUCUAAGCGAUUUCUAUCGUGACUGGGUGGCCGACGUGGCCGCGCGCGGCGUCGAUCUGCGUCUCAGCACCACGGUCGACAUCUUGCGGCGCGACAAGCGCGGUGUUUCACUGCGAUCGCGACCCGCCGACUCCCAACCGGGCUCGGGAACAGGGUCUCCAGAGGAAUUCGACGAGCUGGUGCUCUGCGUGCCUGCCGACGAGGCCAAGUCAAUGCUGGGGAACAGUGCCACCUGGCGCGAGAAUUUCGUCCUGGGCGGUGUCAAAUUCUACAAUGAUUUGACCAUCACUCAUUCCGAUUCGCAGUACUUCUCUAGCAUUUUUCAAACGCGGUAUGCGUCCGAUGUUUGCGCGUCGGCCAGCACCGAGUCCCGAAAGAGUCAGAUCGAGUUUGCCCGACAAACGCCGCGAACCCGCAGCGAUGGGUGGGAGGGAUUUGCGCCGAUGUACUACACGCAUUCGUAUGUCUCCGAUCCAGCGAAGAUCGAAAUGGGGUUCAAUUGCACGCAUUAUCAGCACCAAUUCCGCGAGGCCUUCGGUCAGGACGCCCCCGCUCCGGAGCCCGACCGACACGUCUACCAGACCAUUUUCCUCGACGAUCGACACAAGCAUCUGUGGACCUGGGAGGGGAUUGAGAAGGGAAAGAUCAUCGCACGCAAGGAGUGGCAUCAAUUCGGCCACCGCUGGCAACAUUACCUGCGCGUAGUGCCAGGUAUGAUGUUCAUCAACGGGAAGAACCACACGUUGUACGCCGGAAGCUGGACGAUGGUGAACAUGCACGAAAUCGCGUGCAUCUCCGGAAUUGCGGCCGCGUAUCGACUGGGCGCCACGUACGAGGCCUUCGACGAUUUUGCCGAGGACUGCUUCGCCAAAUAUCUGCUGGUAUGUCAUGGCGUCCGGUACAAGCGAGCCCGCUGUGGGAACGCUGAGUCUAGUUGA